UUAUCGAUUCAAAUCCCGUAGUGGUAGAGGUAAUAAAAGUUUACGUAGUGACAGGGAACAUUAAGGUUUGAUGAUGUUAUAUAAUCCAGUGGAAUAGAUUUAGAAAGAAAAUAAAGGACAUAAAGAAUUCAGAAACAGAAAGACAUUUAGGUGGGUAUUUUAGUAUUCCGGCACAGAGAACAGAUAAUGGUGAUCGUCUGCUGCAAUUGUGCUCAGACAAUCGUUUAAUUUUAGCAAACACAAAUUUUAAGCAUAAGGAGAGACAUCGUCUAACAUGGCGACUCCUGCACCAAAUCAACGAUGGACUCAAAUAGACCAUAUUGCCAUCAGUCAUCGUUGGAGAGGGUCGAUAGAAGAUUGUCGCUCAUUCUGGAGUACCUGCCUUGACUCCGACCAUGCCCUAAUACGAGCACUCAUCUGCCUGCGCCUCACUGGAAGCAAAAAAGCCACAUUAAAAAGACCUAUUAGAACUGAACUGAGUAACGAGAAAACCAAAAAAAGGUUCCGGGAACAACUGAGGUCACACCUAGGUAGUUCUGAAAACGAGGCUGACCCAGAUGUUGCUUGGAAAGAUAUACAAUCAGCUGUGGAAACAGCGGUGACAUCUAUUAGUGAUUUAAACCAAAAGGUUACGAAAAAACCAAUGGAUUUCUUCAAGGUUUAUUGCACUGAUGGAUUCGCGUAAACUCAUCCCAUC